CAGAGAGAGAGAGAGAGAGAAAGAGAUUGAACGAGCAAGUGAGAGAUAGACGGAGAGAGAAAUAACAACAACAACAACAGCACCACCACCACCACCACCACCAACAACAACAACAACAACACCAACAACAACAGCAACAACAAUAACAACAACAAUAAUAAUAAUAAUAACAAUAAUAAUAAUAAUAAUAAUGACAAAAACAAACAGUAACAAGCACACACCCACAAAACACACUUGCUCUUUGUGGCAGAUAUGUGUGGCAGGUGUGGCAGUGUUAGGAGUGGUGGUGUCGGUGGAGGUGUGGUGGUGGUGGUGGUGGUGUGUCCCUAACACCACCACCACCAUGACGUUGAUUAAGAGUGGGAUGUACCAGAUGGGAGGAGAAGAAGAAGGAAGAGGAAGAGGGAAGAAUGAACUUUUGUUCCAGGAAGAGGAAGAGGAAGAGGAAGAAGAAAUGCCCGUAAAAGGAUAUACAUUUCCUAACUGUGAUUGUAUAAGGUUCGGUGUGGACAUAGCACGGAUGGCGGUGGAGGCGAGGUCACAGUGGAGGGGUGAAGAGUCACAGUGGGGGGGAUCCGGUGAGGUCAGGUCACUCCUUCACCCACUCAACACAUCGGGUCACUCCACCUGCUCCGACUUCGCGACCCAGCGAGGUGGCGGGCAGAAAGUGAUAGCCUAUUCCUACUAUUCCACUGAGGCUACUACUGACAGUGGCAGCACGCACUACAAGAAGUACCUGGGCUCACUACACAAGCAGGCUCGUCGCAUCGCCAAGGCUUACCCGGGGUUCCUGAUGCGAGUGUACCACAAUGUGUCCGCUACUGAUGAUACUGCCACGGCUUUCCUGUGUCGCCUCGUGUGCACCCACGCCCAUGUUGACCUGUGCGAUGUUACCAGAUUGCCAGUGCUAGGCAACCUAGUGCGGCAGGGCGUGGUGGGGAGGGCGUGGCGGUUCGCUGUCCUGGGAGACCCUACUGUGGACCUCUUCCUGUCCCGGGACUCUGAUAGCUGGCUGUUGGACAGGGAAGUGGCAGCGGUCCAGGAGUGGCUGUCAAGUGACCUGACUUUCCAUGUAAUGAGAGACCAUCCGAACCACAAGGCUGUCAUGUUGGCUGGUUUGUGGGGAGGCAUAAACAAGAGGCCUAAGAAAUUUGCAGCGGUUAGGAAUGUUAUGUUCUCUCAGCCUACGAACCUAACUCGAAAAUAUGAUCAGUAUUUGCUUGCUACUUUCCUGUGGCCUCUGAUUAAGAAUGACACCCUGCAGCACGACAGCUACACCUGCACACUUACUACACACCUGGGCUCCAUACCUUUCCCUACCAAACGGGAAGAGGACCUGUACUGCGGAUGUGGGCCUUACAAGUCUAGAGAAAGGUUUGUUUUGUCCAGGAGCAAGUGUCCUCAUGCCUGCAGACCAACACAGCACCAAUCUUGGACCCUGUGCUGAUUAUAAACUGUCUUUUCCAUUCA